CUCUCUUCUCUCCAUUUCGUUCUCUUCUUUCCUCCAUUUCUCUCCAAUUGCAUAACACGCCACUGACGCCAUCGCCUCUUAUCCCAACCAAUCAAACACACCCAUUCUCUGUCCGUCUCAUCCCGUUUUGUUUUUUUCUUAUGAAUGCGUGAUCCGUCACCAUGUAUAAAUCCACCUCUUCCCUUCUCAGGGCUACAAGGUCCAAACUCUCUUCUUCUUCUAGAACGUUCGCUUAUUCUCAUUCUCGCACCUCUCCUUCGGUAACCGCCAACGCUGCGUCUUCGUCACGCGCUUUCACCUCCUCCGCCGGGCGUGCUUUCACCCGCUGGAGCCACCGCCUCGACUUCAGUUCUCCGAUCAGCCUCCGCGCUCACGCCAGAGCCCUCGCUCCUCUUCUCCAACGAUUCCAACGCAGCUUGGCUUCCAUGGCCAGUGAAAAUCCAUUCAAGGGAAACCUGACAAGUCUCCCCAAGCCUGGAGGUGGCGAGUUUGGAAAAUUCUAUAGCCUUCCUUCUCUCAAUGAUCCAAGAGUUGACAAGUUGCCGUAUUCUAUCAGAAUUCUCCUUGAAUCUGCCAUUCGUAAUUGUGAUAAUUUCCAAGUCAAGAAAGAGGAUGUUGAGAAGAUUAUCGACUGGGAAAACACUUCUCCAAAGCAAGUUGAAAUUCCUUUCAAGCCUGCGCGGGUCCUCUUGCAGGAUUUUACUGGAGUCCCGGCUGUUGUUGACCUAGCUUGCAUGCGUGAUGCAAUGAACAAGCUUGGCAGUGAUUCUAAUAAGAUUAAUCCUCUGGUUCCAGUUGAUCUAGUCAUUGAUCAUUCAGUUCAAGUUGAUGUUGCAAGGUCAGAAAAUGCAGUGCAGGCCAAUAUGGAGCUUGAAUUCCAGAGAAACAAGGAGAGAUUUGCUUUUCUAAAAUGGGGGUCAACUGCAUUCCGUAACAUGCUCGUUGUUCCUCCUGGUUCUGGUAUAGUACAUCAGGUCAAUCUUGAAUAUCUUGGACGGGUUGUUUUCAACAAUGAAGGCAUACUCUAUCCUGACAGUGUGGUUGGGACUGAUUCACAUACAACUAUGAUAGAUGGGCUUGGUGUUGCUGGAUGGGGUGUUGGAGGUAUUGAAGCUGAAGCAGCAAUGCUUGGCCAGCCAAUGAGUAUGGUGUUGCCUGGUGUUGUUGGCUUCAAGUUGUCUGGAAAACUGCGCAAUGGUGUUACAGCAACUGACUUGGUUCUAACUGUGACACAAAUGCUUAGAAAGCAUGGUGUUGUUGGAAAAUUUGUUGAAUUUUAUGGUGAUGGUAUGGGUGAAUUAUCACUAGCAGAUAGGGCCACUAUUGCUAAUAUGUCUCCUGAAUAUGGUGCUACCAUGGGUUUCUUCCCUGUGGAUCAUGUUACACUACAAUAUCUCAAGUUAACUGGUCGAAGUGAUGAGACUGUGGCCAUGAUAGAGUCUUAUCUCAGGGCAAACAACAUGUUCGUUGACUAUAAUGAGCCACAACAAGACAGAGUUUAUUCCUCGUAUCUUGAAUUAAACCUUUCAGAUGUUGAACCAUGUAUCUCCGGACCAAAGAGACCUCAUGAUCGGGUGCCUUUGAAAGACAUGAAAGCUGACUGGAAGUCUUGUCUUGAUAACAAAGUUGGGUUUAAGGGAUUUGCUAUACCGAAAGAAGCACAAGGAAAAGUUGCAAAGUUUAAUUUCCAUGGGCAGCCAGCAGAGCUCAGGCAUGGCAGUGUUGUGAUUGCUGCAAUCACAAGCUGUACUAAUACAUCAAACCCAAGUGUUAUGCUAGGAGCUGGUCUUGUUGCGAAAAAGGCCCAUGAGCUUGGUUUGAAGGUCAAGCCUUGGGUUAAAACUAGUCUUGCUCCAGGCUCAGGAGUUGUUACAAAAUACCUUCUCCAGAGUGGACUGCAGAAACCUCUAAACGAACAAGGUUUUCAUAUAGUUGGAUUUGGCUGUACUACAUGUAUUGGCAAUUCAGGGGACCUGGAUGAAUCUGUUGCAUCUGCCAUCUCAGAAAAUGACAUUGUAGCAGCAGCUGUGUUGUCUGGGAACCGUAAUUUUGAGGGCCGUGUGCAUCCCCUGACUAGGGCUAACUACCUUGCCUCCCCUCCUUUGGUUGUUGCUUAUGCUCUUGCUGGCACGGUAGAUAUUGACUUUGAGAAAGAGCCAAUUGGAAAAGGCAAGGACGGCAAGGAUGUGUACUUGAGGGAUAUCUGGCCAUCUACUGAAGAAAUUGCUCAGGCCGUGCAAUCUAGUGUGUUGCCUGACAUGUUCCGAAGUACAUAUGAAUCCAUUACCAAGGGCAAUCCUAUGUGGAAUCAACUACAAGUUUCUACCGACAAACUUUACUCAUGGGACCCCAGCUCAACAUAUAUUCAUGAACCUCCAUACUUCAAGAACAUGACCAUGGAAUCUCCAGGAGCUCAUGGUGUCAAAGAUGCCUAUUGCUUGCUGAAUUUUGGGGACAGUAUAACCACUGAUCACAUUUCUCCAGCUGGAAGCAUUCACAAGGAAAGUCCUGCUGCUAAAUACCUUAUGGAGCGUGGGGUGGACCGCAAGGACUUCAACUCUUAUGGAAGUCGCCGAGGGAAUGAUGAGAUAAUGGCAAGGGGAACUUUUGCCAACAUUCGUCUUGUUAACAAGCUCUUGAAUGGGGAAGUUGGCCCCAAGACAGUUCACAUUCCUACCGGGGAAAAGCUAUAUGUGUUUGAUGUGGCAAUGAGAUACAGAAAUGCCGGGCAAGACACCAUUGUGCUGGCUGGAGCUGAAUAUGGUAGUGGAAGUUCUAGGGAUUGGGCAGCCAAGGGUCCAAUGCUAUUGGGUGUCAAAGCUGUGAUAGCUAAAAGUUUUGAGAGAAUUCAUCGCAGCAAUUUGGUAGGGAUGGGUAUUAUUCCUCUUUGCUUUAAAUCAGGUCAGGAUGCGGAAACUUUGGGAUUGACUGGUCAUGAACGGUAUACAAUUGACCUUCCAAGUAAAAUUAGCGAGAUUAGGCCUGGCCAAGAUGUCACUGUUACAACCGAUAAUGGAAAAUCAUUCACCUGCACAGUACGCUUUGACACUGAGGUGGAACUAGCUUACUUCGACAAUGGAGGCAUUCUUCCAUACGUGAUAAGGAAUCUCAUCAAGCAGUGAAGUCAUUGUUAAUGGAAAAUUCCAGAGCCGGUUGCUGUUGCACGCUUUUCAUGUUGUAAAACGUGUGAUAAUAAGUUUCCAAUAAAUUGGAACAAAAUCCCUUUUAAGGGAUGUAAUUUUUGACUCCUUUCUCAAGUGUUUAUUAGUUAGUUACUCGGCCUGUAAACGGUUUCUGUAUUGAGUUCAACGUCCUAAUUUUUGUGCCAUAACCCUGUCCAUUGAAAAAGAAUGGGGGAUAAUUGUAUUCAUUAAAGCAAAAUGAAUAGAGAUUUGAAUUUUUUUUUGCUAAUAAUUGAAGAUAUCUACUUUUGA